UCGCACUUGACUAAGGCUGAGACCAAUGAUGGAACAAUGACCAGCGUGUGAAAGCUCAUCAUGGUACCCUAGAAUCGACCAAACAUUGGAAACCAGAGCUAUUGGCUGUAACCUUCUCGAGGCAGACAGAUUAAGUACCUCGCCUACAUUUGCUUAGCCACAGUCCAGACGAAGAGAAUCACCGGGGUGGUGUCUUGCCGGGCGGUAUGUGCCAGGACCAAAAACAUUAAAAGUUCAUCAAAGCCUCCUUGGUGCGCAAACAAACCUCGAUUUGGAUUUGAGAUAAGCGAGUUGGGACCUUCUCUUUGUACAAGAUCUCCCCCAAUGGUGCAUACGGGUCGACCAAGUAGAGGGUGUGGAGUAUGUCGCAGACGACGAAUCAAGUGCGAUGAGAAAUCACCAGAAUGCUCUUACUGCGUCAAAACCAAGCAAAAAUGUCCCGGUUACAAGGAUCUAUUUGACCUUGCAUGGAGAGAUCAAACAUCCAUCGCUCAGAAGAACGUCGAGAGAAGGAAGCGAGCUUCCCCAGAGCAAGCCACACCUAAAGUUGACUUCCUGCCAGGAAUCGAUCCAAAAGCAGCUUCAGGAGGUCGCAGCCCUCUCACCAUUAAGCAAGUCAUGACAAUCGUACCUCCUACACUUUCUGAAGAUCCCGAAGCCUAUGCUCUUGGGUUUUUCUUCGGAACAUACGCCAGUCCUCCACUCACAAUCUACGAUCGAAAGGGAUUUCUGGAGUACGUUGGGCCUCAGUUUGUGAACGCCAAGCCGGACUCCGCCUUGAAAAUGGCCACCAUGGCAAUUUCCAGUUUCUUGUUCGUCGCCUGGCUUGAUCGAAGACCCGACAAUCCCAUGUCUCGAGGAUUCUACCUGAAGGCUUUGUCUAUCAUAAAAGAUCGAAUUCGCCAACCGGAUGGCUGUGCUGAUAACGAUGUGUUGACUUCGGUGCUGCUGUUGCAGAUGUAUGAGGUGUGUCUCGGCCGGUAUUCGAGUAACCGACCUAUUUCUAACAAGAUCCAACCAAAGAUGUUAGUCGGCACAGUAAAUAGGAGCGGGAAUCCAAGAGCCCAUCUUGAUGGAGCUUUGGCUCUGAUCAAGCAUCGAGGAGCAGAGAACUUUCAAGAUGAUAUAGGUCAGAGUCUACUGCAUUAUAUUCGUAGCCAACUGAUCGAAGAGGCUUUUCGCAACGGAGAGCCAAUAUCAGACGACGUAUCAACGUGGAAAGAACACCUCACAGGACCCAAGGCAUCGCCGGGCACAUUCCUAGAUAAUAUCAAUGUCGAACUUGCGAACCUUGAAGCAUCUGCCCGGCAACGGGCAGCCCUUCCCCCAUUUCUAAGGGCAGACUUGAACCCUCAAGAGAUCUUGCAGAAAGCACAAGACAUUGAACGUCAGCUAAUCGAGUGGUCCGAGACUCUUCCACUCUUUUGGAUGCCUGUCAGAGUUGUUGGUGGCGAAUGCAUACCUAAAGGAAUGAAGGCUGCUGGUCUCUACCAAAGUCAUUGCUACAUUUACCCCAGCCUCUCCGUUGCCUCUCUGUGGAACAAACAACGAGUAUCACGCAUCAAAGUCAACAACCUUAUUCGCCAGGAACUUUCUCAGCAAUCUUCGUCCUCUAAGAUAGACAUGAUUCAGCAAUUAACAGACGAUAUAUGCGCCAGUGUUCCAUUCAUGCUUGGCGACAAGGUCAAACCAAGCUCAAUGGGUGAUAAGAGAGUACAAUAUCCCCAUGCACCUGGCCAAGAGGUUCCUAGUGCGCAUUAUACGAUGGCGCCUGCGAUGGGAGGAUUCUGGUUGCUGGGUCCUUUACAGAUGAUGAUGGGUCUGAGGAUUGGAAUGAGAGAGGGGCAGAAGCAGUGGGUUGGUGGGCAGUUGAUGAGGAUUGCUCAUAUUUAUAAUAUUGGGAAGUGAAGGGAUGUGAUAUAUCAAAUGUCCAUCUCGAAGUCAAGUGGAUUUCUUCUCCU